AUGUCGACAACCAACCCCACUAGAGAAACAACCGAAUGGGAUGAUCUGCAAAGGAAAUUCGGAAAUUUACCAGCACUAGAAAAAGAGAUAAAAGAAGAAGAAAUUUAUUUAAAAAAUUUAGAUAAACUUGAAAAGACUAAUAUUUUGGAGAAAAAGAAUCUGGAGGAAUUAAAUUUACUAGAAGAAAAUUGUGUCGAUGAGGAAUACUUAAAAAUAAUUGAAAAGUAUAAAACAGAUCGAAUCAAUGAAAUAAAUCGAAGUAAGGCAUUGGAUAUAUAUGGGGAUGUUUAUGAAAUUUCUAAGAAUAAUUUUUUAACUGAAAUUAAUGAAGCCAGUAAAAGAAACCCACUAAAUGAGUUUACACGCAAAUCAUUAGAAGAAAGCACAAGGGGUGAUGAUGAUGAUGAGGUAGAAGCGGGAGAAGAUGAAGAAGAAGUGUACCCAUAUACAGAAGAACAUAUGCACACUGAACAUUUAAAUGAUAGUAAAAAAUAUUAUUUAGCAUCGAGGAAUGCUUAUCAUGGGGUUGGCAAAAGAAACACAAAAGGCACAUAUGUUGUUAUUCACUUAUAUUCAGAGAAUGUAAUCGCAUGCAAAGUGAUGAAUAAAAUUCUAAAUGAAAUGGCAAAAAGACACAAAUACAUAAAAUUCACAAAAGGAAUAUACAAUCGAAUCGUAGAAAAUUAUCCAGAAUCAAAAUUACCCACUAUUCUUAUCUACUACAAUGGCAUUUGUAUACAUCAAAUUUGUAAUUUAUUGAAUAGUAUAAAAGGUGGGUUAAAUAAUUUAAAUUUAAAAUCCUUUGAAGGAUUUUUAAGAAAUUUUAAUAUUUUAAAACACCCUAAUUAUUUGGAGAAUGAACACACGUUUAGUGAUUACACGGAUCAUAGCGAUCUUGAUAGUAGUAACCCAGAUCAAUAUGCUGAUCGAGAUGAAAAUUAUAGAAAUCGAGCUGAUCGGUAUUCUGAAAAAGGAAUACCUGUUAGAACCCAUAAACAUUACACUAGUUUUAACAUCUUCAGUAGAAACCAUAAAAACGACGACUACUCCUCUGACGAGGGGGUGGAAAAAUCCAAAGGAUAUGCAUCUUCUGCUCUAGAUCGCAAGGUCAAGCAAAAUCAGUUGUAA